AUGGUCUCGUAUGAACAGAUCCACGACAAGUCGUUUUCCAUCAAGGAGCGGAUGGAAGCAUUGGUGAGACAAAAGCAGAAGGAAAUCACUGAGGCCAUCUCCAAGUUAGACACUGUAGACUUCCACACCGACACCUGGACCAGAGGUGACAAUGGAGGGGGAGGCCAGUCGAUGGUGAUUCAGAAUGGUACCACUUUCGAAAAAGGAGGGGUCAACAUUUCUGUGGUACAUGGUAAGCUUCCUCCUGCAGCCGUGGCCAGGAUGAAGGCCGACCACGCGAACUUGAAGGGUUCAGAUGAUGAUGGCUCUGUCAACUUUUUUGCUUGUGGUUUGUCCUUGGUGAUCCACCCUAUCAAUCCUCAUGCUCCUACGACCCAUGCCAACUACAGAUACUUCGAGACUUCGGAUCCAGUAUCGGGCGAGACCCAGGCCUGGUGGUUUGGAGGAGGCGCUGACUUGACUCCCUCGUACUUGUACGAAGAAGAUGCCAAACACUUUCACCAAGUCCAUAAGGACACCUUGGACAAGUACGAUAAGGAGUUGUAUCCAAAGUACAAAAAAUGGUGCGACGAGUAUUUCUUCAUCAAGCACAGAAACGAGACUAGAGGUAUCGGAGGUAUUUUCUUCGACGACUUGGACUCCAAACCUGCUGAUGACAUUUUGCGUAUCAUAGAGUCGUCGUUCGAUGCCUUCUUAGCUGCCUAUGUUCCCAUCGUAGAAAAGAGAAAGGACACUCCCUACACUCCAGAACAAAAGCAAUGGCAACAAAUCAGAAGAGGCAGAUACGUAGAGUUCAACUUGGUCUUGGAUAGAGGUACCCAGUUUGGUUUGCAGACACCAGGUUCUCGUGUCGAGAGUAUCUUGAUGUCGUUGCCAGCUACUGCCAGUUGGGUCUAUGACCACCAUCCUGAGGCAGGCAGCGAAGAGGAGAAGUUGAUCAAAGUGUUGCAGAACCCAGUCGAAUGGGUUUAA